UAAAGUCAAGUAAUUUACGAUAGAUAAUACAUAAAAAAGUAUGUUGUGUGAACGAAACGCUGAGCGUUUAUUAUAUUAUUAUUUUUUUGAAUUUUUGCGCUAAAACAUCCAAGUGUUUGUCUAUGUCCAGUUGAAAAGAUUAGUGGCAAAUUAGUGGGCUGAACCAAGGAGCAAGUAUAAGAAGGGUUGAAGUUUACCUUCAUAGGUAAAGUAUCUUAAGCCAACCGAUAUAGAGUCGAAUAUGGAGUGAUAAAGAAAAUGGUUUCUUUUUAUACUCUUCCUUGAUUGGAUGUUUGGUUGAGUGAUUUGUCUAUCUUGUUUGUGGUUAAUAAUCCGAGUUGCAGACUUGAGUGAGAGUGAGGUUAUGUUUGUUAUUAAACAUUAUUUAUAAAAAAUAUAAUUUACUUACUGUGAUUAAGUUUUCAUUUGUACAAAAAUGGGUAAAGACGAGGUGUCCACAAAGAAACGUCGAAAACUGAACACUACUUCGUCGAGUGACACUCCAAAACAAGUGCCAGCAGAUGUUUAUAAGAGAGUGGUUGAAUUUGAAGAAGCUGAGGCACAAUUGCGUCCUGCCGAGAAAGAUGCUAAUUUCUUCAAGAAAAUAUGCCAAGAGGUUCGACAACUGUUUGCAGAGAUUGCAGAGUUGAAAGCGAAGGAUACUGAUGAGGCUAGAGAGAAAAUUAAUGCCAAAAGAAUUGAAGCUUCACUGCUUUUAGUAGCAUUGAAGAAGCUCAACCGUUUAGAGAAAGUCCGCACAAGGGCUGGACGUGAGGCCCUACACAAGGAAAAACAGAGGGUGGACUCUACACAUCUCCUUCUUCAAAACUUGCUGUAUGAAGCUGAUCAUCUAAACAAAGAAGUUACAAAAUGUUUACAAUUCAAAUCUAAAGAUGAAGAGAUAGAACUUGUGCCUCUUGAAGACUUUUAUACAGAUGCUCCUGCUGAAGUGGCUAGACCAGAAAUUACAAAGACAGAUGAACAUCAACUUCAACUAGCGAGAUUGGAGUGGGAGCUGCGUCAGCGUCGUGAGCUGGCUGGGGCCUGCAACGAGCUGGUGGCGUCCAAAGAGCGUGUGGCAGCUGCCAUAGCCGCCGCCAGGUCGCGACUCGACGCCUUAGCGCCGCAUCUGCGUGACGUGCUUAAAGCUACCAAACCUCUUCAGGAAUGUCUAGCUCUCCGCCUGGACGAAAAGAGAGAUGAAGCUCGAGCUGCAGGGUUGCUGCCACCUCCUCUGUUCUUACUCUAUGCUAAUGCCAGUGCCUAUUCUGAUGCAUUGGGAGCUCAUGUUGUUACAGUUGGAAUAUCAGGUGAUGAAGAUGAAGCUAGAAGACUAGAACAACUUAACAAUGUGGAUAAUGAACUGGUUGUAUCUAAUGACUCAGAUUCUGAUCAAGAUGUAGCAGAUGAUGAUCAGAGAGAAAAGAAAAAGCGGCACCAUAGGUCUGCUAAAGUAUCAAAAGAGGAAAAAGCAGAAGCUAAAAAGAAAGAGGCUUUGAAAAAACACCCUCUAAGUGUACAGGUGACUGUGAAGGUUGCAGAUGGCACUGGUCUCACUUUGAUAUUCAACUAUCUUUUACAUUUAAAGAUAGUGGUGGUUAAGUUUACUGUAUCACUGGCUAAGCCUGUCACUGGUGUCUCAGCAGCCGAUGUUUUGAGUGGACACUGUAUUUUAAAUGAACUAUAUCCAGGAGAUACUGGCAAUGACUCGCCACAUCCUGGGACAACAUAUUUGUUAAAUGCUGCAGGAAUAUCUGAAGAUUUUCAGCACUUUAUUCCAGAAGUGGGAAGGCCAUACAUAUGGGCUCAAAGAAUGUGUGGGUUAGAUUUUAUGGCCACAUUACUUGAUGACAAUAAAUCCAACAGGAUUGUUCAGCCCUGCCAGAGCCUUAGUGUUACAACAGUUGAACACUUUAUAUUAACUUUGAAAAAGAGACUCAAAUCUAGAGUGGAACUGAUGGCAGAGCUACAAGAUUUGGAAUCUGGAAAAAUUACGCCUGAUAUAGGGAAUCCAUCAUAUCCAAUAAGAUUGUCAGGAUCGUUGACACAGUGGCAGUCGGUUGGUUGGCCAGAGUACAGUCAAUCUCCAUCAACAGCUUUUCUUAUAUCUGAAGGUUUGGUAAAUGCAAAUGAUCUGUUGUACAGAGCCAUUAUCACAAGGCAAUCUGCUAAAUUGGUUGCACUAGUGGCUCUAAGGAGCGAUUACCCGAAAAAGGCUCCAAUAUUUUCCCUGACAUUGCAUUGGAAUGGAACUCAUCACUCUGGCAUAAAUGAUGACAUCAGAGAUAUUGAAAGAGUGAUCAAUACUGAAUGGGGUUCAGAAGAAAAGAGGCUACAUACUCUAUCAGCACAAAUGACGAAAUUGUUAACGUGUCUUGAUAUUUUACUGGAGACGUCGGGAUCAUCGGAAUUUCCACCGGAUAAAGUAAUGAUGAGACCGGUGCGCGGGCGCAACAGAGUAAAGCCAUACAAAUACUUAAAACAGGGCACCGGUGUAUUUGUACACUAUUAGCUCUUGAAAGUGUAUACAUUGCUCAAAGUAUUUUUUAAUCCUGUGAAAGUGUUACAACUAAGACUUAAAACUUACUUUUUGAGAAAUAUAGAACAAUAAGUUCCGAUUAUAUCU